GGCAAAUCAGCAGGAUAAAACGAUUGAUGAACAACUCUCAGCACUCUUCAGGCUAAAGGGGAGUUUGCUGUGACUAGUGCUUAGUGUUGCAGCUGAAACGGAAAAGUAGAGAUGGCACCUAUUAAGAAGGGUGUCCUUGAACGCCUCAACGCUGGGGAGGUGGUGAUUGGUGAUGGAGGCUUUGUGUUUGCUCUGGAGAAGAGGGGAUAUGUGAAGGCUGGUCCAUGGACUCCUGAGGUCACUGUCACUCACCCUGAGGCUGUGCGACAGCUGCACAGGGAGUUCCUGAGGGCUGGAGCUAAUGUCAUGCAGGCAUAUACAUUCUAUGCCAGUGAUGACAAGCUGGAGAACAGGGGUCAGACACUGAAAAUCACUGGAGCACAAAUCAACGAGGCAGCCUGUGAUCUGGCAAAGCAAGUAGCCGGCGAAGGAGAUGCUCUGGCUGCCGCUGGAGUUUGUCAGACUCCAUCCUACUUGAGCUGCAAGAGCGAGACAGAUGUGAAGGCCGUCUUCAAGAAACAGUUAGAUGUGUUCGUGAAGAAGAAUGUGGACUUCCUGAUUGCUGAGUACUUUGAGCAUGUUGAGGAGGCCGUCUGGGCUGUGGAGGUGCUGAAGACCAGCGGGAAACCUGUAGCUGCUUCUAUGUGCAUCGGACCAGAGGGAGACAUGCACGGUGUUCCUGCUGGAGAGUGCGCCGUCAGGCUGGUGAAGGCUGGUGCCCAGAUUGUGGGAGUCAACUGCCACUUUGACCCCAUGACCUGCGUGAAGGCUGUGAAGCUGAUGAAGGAAGGAGUGGAGAAGGCUGGACUGAAGGCUCACUACAUGGUGCAGCCCUUGGCAUACCACGUUCCCGACUCCACCUAUCUUGGAUACACUGAACUGCCAGAAUUCCCCUUUGCCCUGGAGCCCAGGACCGUGACCCGCUGGGACGUGCACAAGUACGCCAGAGAGGCCUACAAAGCUGGCAUCCGCUUCAUUGGUGGCUGCUGUGGCUUUGAGCCUUAUCACAUCAGGGCUGUGGCCGAGGAGCUGGCUGCUGAGAGAGGCAUCAUGCCUGCUGGAUCUGAGAAACAUGGAAUGUGGGGUGCUGGUCUGGAGAUGCACACCAAACCUUGGGUCAGAGCCAGGUGUCGUCGUGAGUACUGGGAGAACCUCUUGCCCGCCUCUGGUCGCCCCAAGUGUGCGUCACUGUCCACACCUGAGUCUUGGGGUGUCACUAAGGGCCAUGCUGACCUGCUGCAGCACAAAGAGGCCACCACUACCCAGGAAAUGAAGCACGCACUGGAGAUGCAGAAGAAGGCCAAAUCCUCUGGAUGAGCAAGACAGAGCAAGAGAACCAGUGCACCUUUUCCCUUCUGUCAACAAGAAAGAGACAAGGGGGAAGAAGUCAAGUCUUUCCCGGUUCAGUCUGGAGAUAAAAAGCACUUGUAACAGCCAUGCUCCAAUUGUGGAGUGUCACAAUGUGAACCCUAACGACAAUAAACCUGAGUUGUCAACUAAA